CCCAUACGAAGCGGCUCAGUUGCCACAGGUCUUGCGAGUUCGCAUCGACGACGUUAUGCACGAGCUCCGUCAGGUCCACGGCCAUUGCUUUCACGGAACUCGGGAACUAUCUGCUCAUGAAGGCACCCACUCCAGAUAGCAAUGGGUGCGCGUCAUCCACAACAUCGAACGACGUAUCGAGAUAGGACGAUAAGGACGUUGCGCAUGUUUGCCGAGAGAAAGCGUUGACGAGACACGGGUGGCUGUGCGAGACAGCGCGUAUCUCCUGUUCAUCGUCGUCCAAAGAUGUAUUACGAUACAAAGGCCAACUACGUCGCCGGUGCGGUCUGCCUGCUUAUUUUAACCUCAGGUCACGUCUACAGUACAGGUUUAAAGCAGCGCGGCGUAUAUCUCACAGUGUCGUCAUACGAGGGCGCACUCAAGAAAGCCGGUCAUUUCGAAGUCAACUGGUAUGGCGUGGACGUCGACCUCCUCAACAAGACGUUUGCAGCUCUACUCUCGCAAGCACCGAGGUCAUCUAACUGGAACAAUGCGCAGCUGUACCCCGUGAAACAAAGCGUUGGGCGACUGACGACGCCGGUGAAGUACCCGAAAUACAGCACCGAACUUGCUAUGACGGGAAAUUGUCUCGGGUACUGGGCCGUCCUACUACAGGUCGACGUCGCCGACAACAGCAGCGUAGUCAUCGAAUCCUCUUGCCUUCGCGGGCAUCCGAGGUGGAUGCGCGAAAGCUGCUGCCACUUUUCUAAUCUCAGGCUCGACGAGCUCUUUGUGCCAGGGACUCACGAUUCCGCCAUGUACCGCUUGAGGCGAGACUGGCCCGUGGGGGACUUCAUCUUCACGCAAGAUGAAACGAUUGCGCAACAGCUUGCCUUUGGAAUCAGAUCUCUGGACUUGAGAGUGGGAUUCGUUGACGGCGUGUUCUGGAUAUUUCACAAUAAGUUCAAGUCGCAGGUUACGGUGGAGACUAUUCUGCGGCAGGUCCGAAGCUUCGUCGAAACCACGGGAGAAGUUGUGUUGCUAGAUUUCCACAGGUUUACUCUCGGUUUCGACCGCUACGUCGAUCCAGUCGACGAACGCCAUCGAAUGCUUGUCCAAGUGAUUGUAAAUACCCUCGGAGAAGUCGCGGCACCCAGAAGACUGUUCAACAGCACACUUGAAGAGAUACUUGGUGGGUGUGGUCAACAGGCAAGGCGAAAUAAGCCGUCCGUGUUUCUAAUGUAUAACUACGACUACGUGGGUCCCCACUCCGAGUUCCUGUGCCCGGGAGUAGUUCAGAACUGGGCGGACGCGCAAGAUAUCAACUAUCUUGUAGAGUACCUCGAAGAAAACGCCUGCAAGAAGUCACCUGGAACUUUGUCUUCUGCUCAAGCCGAGCUAACGGUCAAGUUUCCAUCCCAAGUAGACGUGCUACGCGAGCUGGCGGAAAUCGUCAAUUUUAACGUGACCAACUUGUUCAGGGAGCACUUUUGGAAAUGCACAAACAUCGUGACGAACGAUUACUUUCUGGGCAGUGGCACUGUUGAACUGGCAAUUGAAGCUAACAAGUACAGGGGAAAGAUAAAAGGAGGACUGAGAAAGUGCGACGGUCGUGUCUUGCGGUGACCAUCGAAAGGUACGUCUUGAAACGAGGCGGCCGAAUUCGCCACAUGCUGAACGAGCAAAGCGUGGCUCGUGCUGUGUGAAAACGUUGCUGCGUGUGAAACAAGAACACAACAAACUUGCUAUGCAUAAUUCUUCGAGAGACCUUGCUCCGAUGUGAUCAAUUUCACUGCUGGUGACAGUCGUGCUCUCAUAUAAUUUUAUAUGCUAAGAACUCUCCUAUAAACUUUGUUGUGAAAACUUCUGUAAAUUAUGAAGUUUCGCGGAGUAGUGACUUGGCAAUACGUGGCAUGGUUGUUUUGGAGUUGUCUUCAUUUAGCCUCUUGAGAUUUGGUAAGACUUUUUGUAAGGUGGCGGUAGCGUUUUUCCAGCUAAGUUAAAGUAUUGGGUGAUUUCCUGGUAACUGAUGAGACCUUACUCUUUGCAUUCCGGGCUCGAGUCGUUGCGCACGGCUCGGCCGAUAGAUCCGUCGAGCCGUAUUGUGAGCUGUCUCGUUCCCAGGGUUGCCAGAAUGAGCCGAUACCCAGAUCAGCUUCGCGUCUCCCCUGUUUUCAGCGUAGUUUUGGGGCAUUUUGAGAUAGGGUUUUGAGAUUCUUCCUCUCGAGUAAUUAUUAAUGGCAGUUUUGGAAUCCCAUAUAAGUGUUUCAAUUUUGGGGUUAACGUUGUAUUACGUAAAUGCUAUGUUCGUGUCAAGUGUGUAUAUGUAUCGUGUGUAUAAACUCAUUUAUCAUCGCGUUCACCUGGAGUAGCUUGAUGGGACUACCGCCAGGCAAACCUCUCCAAUUUUCAUUAAAGAGCCUGUCUCCCUCUACUCUAUUACGAACGGGUUAGAUAUAUUCGGCUCACACUGCCGGUGAGCUAAGAACUUCUGAAUACGCGGUGAGGCCCUAACCUACCUACUCUUCGCCCUGGCACAAGAUGGAAAGAAGGUCUAAUUGACUUGAUUGAGAUAAAAAUAAUCAAAUUCGGGAGUUUUACGCGGCAAAAUCAUGAUCUGAUUAGGAGGCACGCUGUAGUGGGGGACUCCGUAUUAAAAAUUACCACAUGUGCUCCUUUGCUCUGCAUAUAUUCCCAGCAGACGAGUGUUUUUGUCAAUUAUAUGAACGCUCGCUAUGCGCUGGCGUUGUCGGGCUGUCCUGGUAUCGACGGCGCAUGCACGGCCGGCGCUUGGAGGGUUAGGAUGCCUCUGUGUAUUUUUGAAAUACUUUGUAUCAUGCCUAAGGGCAAGCUUUCGAAAUUAAAAAAAAAAAAGAUGCCUCUGAAGACGCGCAUUGCGCUCGGCUGCAAUAUAGACGAGGCCAAGUGGACGCGCCGUCACGCUGCGCUCAAUCGGCUCUGCCGGAGCCAGGCCGCAGCCUUCUGGUUUCCACUGCUAGCAUCAGCGCUGUGCGCACACAAAUUGGCGUUCCUGCUGAGCAGGAACGCUGAUGUGCAAACUGUGUGCAAACCACACCGUGGUGCACACAUUGGUCUGAGCGGAACGGGGAGCACACGUCCAGAUAUAUCAAUCUAAUGAUUUCUUUAGGCACUGAAGAACGGCGAUGGUUCCUUUGGUUUACUCUCGUGCACCUUCAAAUGCGACGCCUGCAACGACGUUGGCGGUGCUCCUCUUCACACCACCUUUGCGAGAUGCCUUCAGCGCAACGCUCUAACAUUCUAUCUCUGUCAGUGCUUCGCAUUCCGGCGAAAGUGCCUUUGCUCUGUAAACGCUAAGCUUUUCUUAGCGAACCUCGCCGGGCUUUCGGGACCACGUGUGUUGCGUGGCUAUUCUCUAGCCGGACAGGCCAACCAAUCGCAGGGGAGGACGCGCAGCGGCGCACGCCGCUGAGUUCCAUGCAAUAGCACCAGAGGGCGCUCGCCUCUGCGCAUCGGCGGCAGCGCCGGCUGUGCGGGGGAAAGGAAAAACGCCACAGUGACGUUUCACACCGUGAGCGCGGGUUACGCGCAAGCCUAUGGACGCCACGAGCAUGUACAGCGAGUACUGCGGCGUCGAAGUACAACAGCACGGGCGCGAACGCGGACGCUUUGACUAUCUAUCUAUCUAUCUAUCUAUCUAUCUAUCUAUCUAUCUAUCUAUCUAUCUAUCUAUCUAUCUAUCUAUCUAUCUAUCUAUCUAUCUAUCUAUCUAUCUAUCUAUCUAUCUAUCUAUCUAUCUAUCUAUCUAUCUAUCUAUCUAUCUAUCUAUCUAUCUAUCUAUCUAUUGAUCUCGACGGUGCAACGCCUUCUGUGCCACAGGGAAAGCGCAUAUUGCUACACAUGCAAAGGAGAGACGCCGCCAAAAUGCACAGGCAGCACCGCGGUGUCGAAGCACAAACGGAAAGGGAGCGAACGCGGCGAUUCUCUUCUCCACCUCCAGGCGCCUUUAACCUCUGGCGCUCGCUUCCCUCGCAGCGACAAACACAAUUUCCCCAAUUUCACAGACGGGGCAUCUACGCUUUGGCGCUGAGCCGUGCUCCCUCAAGGGCUGCAGAAGAUAGCGCCAACCUUUCCCUUUCCCUCAAGAACCACUUAUCAUCAUCAUCAUCUACGCUUGCUCGUAAAAAAGAACCAGAAAGCUCGCCUUAGCGCAUCCGGGGUAGCGGCGGCGGCGUUGCGUGAGCCGCUCUACUACGCCCGAAUAAAGGCGCCCGUAUCGCUUUGUGCGGACAUGCAGUAAACACAAACUCGCGUUUCGACUACUUUAUGCACCCACGCAAACCUCACUGUAUAAAGAUUCCAGAUCGGCUGCAUUGUACAGCGAAGCUGUAUGCCUCUACCUGCCAAGGAAAUUUUCGUGUCGUUGGCGUAAGCAAAAAAAAAAAAAAAGAAAGGCUAUAAAUUGAAUACAAAUAGCACACCUCCUUUGAAAUCAGGCAUACAGCAUACAACUCAGCACUCGUUUUCAAAAGAAAAACAACAAAACAAGCAUCAAAACCACAUGAUGGAUGAUAAGGCGCGUGUGAACAAUGGGAACACCCUCCGACGCGUUUCGGUAAAGAUUAGGUUUGCAGCUGCUUCGAAAGGGGUUGAUGUCAUUCAAAACCUUCGUGUGAAGUGCAAACCGUAUAAUGUAUGCUAAUGACGUCGGCGAAUAAUGCCAAGCACGUUCCUUCUCCCGCGUGUGUUUCCCGUUAUAGAUCACGGUUGCGUAAGCUACUCCGAAAUGGAAAAGUGCGAAAAGCAUAGAAAUCACGUAGUGACGUCACCAUGAUCUAGCAACUCAUUCAGUUCAUUCCAGGCAACCAUGGGUAGACCACGGAAAGUAAUGACUCCAGAAGAACAGUGUGAAUAUAAUGUCGUUGUGAAGUAAUAAAGGGUGUGGUUAAGUA